AUGGCUAAAACUCUUCGCGGCAGGUAUUUUUCACAGUCAAAUGUUCUCAAUGCAACUCGGGGUUACAGAGCAUCUUUUGGAUGGCAAUCUAUCCUCCAUGGGAGAAAUCUGCUUCGUACGGGCUUACGUUACAUAGUUGGGGAUGGAAGCAUGAUCCAAACAUGGAAGUAUAAUGUAAAAUCGGGUUAUUGGCUUGGCACUCAUCUUCCAAACCCAGAUCCAGCCAUUCUGCCUCCAGGAGAUCCGCAGCUGAAGAGUCAAAUCUGGAAUUUAAAUACACCACCAAAAAUCAAACAUUUCCUGUGGAGAAUGCUGUCGAGAGUUUUGGCUGUAAGUACUGAACUUGAAAGAAGACAUAUUGUAACGGAUAGCUAUUGCCGCAGAUGUGUCACCAUGCGUGAAACGACGGAUCAUCUAUUCUUCACUUGCUCACAUGCCUGCCAGAUUUGGAGAGCUUCAAGCAUCCCUUUACCAUGCUUAUCUAAUCCCCAGGUACCAUAUGAGACAAAAAUCAAAGAGAUUUUUGAAUUUCAUAAAAAUGCAGGGAAAGACACAUUACAAGGCCAGCUUCCCCUUUUGAUCCUUUGGAGAAUUUGGAGAAGUCGUAAUAAACUGGUUUUCCAAAGUCGACAAAAUGGUUGGUGGCGAGACCUUAGAGAUGCUUCUCAUGAUGCGGAAGAAUGGAUAACGCAUGGUCUUAACAACCAAAGCUCCACCACGUCAAUGACCUCGGCACCAAGUUGUCCUCAUCAGAGACGUUGGAAGAAGCCACGGCCGGGCUGGAUCAAAUGUAACUACGACGGAAGCUUUGUGAAUCAAAACAAUGGCGCUACAACAGCUUAUAUCAUAAGGGAUAAUAGCGGAGUGUAUAAAGGCGCAGCCCAAGCAACAGGUGUGAAUGUUACCUCAGCUUUUGAAGCAGAAUGCCAAAGUCUUAUUCUUGCUAUGCAACAAUUAUGGGUUAAAGGUUACAUAAGGAUUAUCUUUGAAGGCGACUGCAAACUUCUAGUCAAUGUUUUGAAUGGAAGCACUACAAAGUUUGAUGCCAUUAAUUGGAUUCAGGAAAUCCAAGAUUGGGGUAAAAAGUUUGAAGCAAUUGAGUACUCAUGGGCUCACAGAUCAACAAACCAACCUGCGGAUAUUUUAGCGAAGAACCAAAGGAACGCCUUGUCUUCUUACUUAGUUCAUUUCUAUAUCCCUGUUUGUAUUUCAAAUGCUCUGUUCUUGGAUUACAUUGGCUCUGCCUAAUAAAAUGCAGUUCGUGUUAAAAAAAAAAAUAAUAAUAAUAUUUUUCUGUUUAAACCUUCGAUUGCACUAAAUCAAAAGUUUUACAAAUCUCGAUUGAUCACACACUCAAGAGUUGUUUUAUCUUUCUAUCAAUGGUCCAAAUGCUUUACAUUUUUUCUUGACUUUAUUUUGUUGUAUUAAAUCACCUCACAUAAACCUCUAAACUUCUAGAAGGUUUUCCCACAUGGCGGCAUAUAAUAAAGUUAAACUUAAGAGAAAAAGAUUUUUUCCCAAAACAGAUGUUAAAACCUUAGGGUAAAAAAUAUCAUUUUACAUGCUCAAACUCAAAGGAAGAGGCUUUCUUGGGCUGAAAUUUUCAAUUUGUGGCUAAAAUUUUCAAUUUUCAAUUUACAUUAUUAGGCAUUUUUACACUAGGUAACUAAAUCAUAAGGGGAUUGGUAAAUGGUGAACCCAAAGAAAAUUUAAACGGAUGGUGAAUCUUAAAAAUGCAUAUAUGAUAUCUCUGUGAAGGAUAUUUUGAUCCUUUAUAGUGUCUGAUAUCAAAGAUUCUGAUCAGUGGACUUAAUCGCGAAGGGUGUCUUGAUCAACGAAUUUCAGA